AUGGAUGAACUAAGAAGAAUCAAAUCAGGACACGUCACAGAGGAAGAAUGUGUUACCCUUCAUGAUUUACUGGAUGCUCAAUACGUUUACAAGAAAACUGGAGAUGAAAAAUAUCUCAGAAAAUUGAUCAAGCCACUUGAGUCUUUGUUGAUCAACUACAAGCGAAUUGUAUUGAAGGACUCUGCAGUUGGCUCAAUAUGUGCUGGAUCGAGUCUAUCAGUUCAAGGUGUAUGGAUGUACGAUGAGACCAUUGAUACGAAUGAUGAUGUGGUGAUGAUGACAUCAAAGGGAGAGGCAGUUGCAAUUGGAACACCUGUGGUAUGUGGUAACGAUAUCCAGAACAUGAUUAAGGGAUUUGUAUGCAAGCCAAAGCGAGUUAUUAUGGAAGAAGGAACGUAUCCAAAAUGCUGGGGUAUUAUGGUGGACUAUGAAAUAUAUAGUGAGGAAAAUGGGGAAUUGUUGGAGAAGAAGACUGUUAAAAAUGGUUGA